UCGAUUUUAUGAUAAUUAUUACUCUAUGCUUUAUGCAACAUUGUGUUUUUUGGUAUCGGAGUAUUUAAUAUCGCUAAUGUUGAUAGUAGUGAGUUGUUUAAUUUAAAUUUGAUAUUUUAAUACGUAAUUUGACAUUAUUUUUUCAAAUUAGUUUGUCUGUCAACGCUUUAAAGAAUACCGGUGCAAAAUCUAUGGUUCAAAAAAUAAUUAUUAAUCUUAUACACUAAUUUCAUAUCAUACUCGAACUGCUCAACUCUAUCAACAUUCCACCGUUCGUAAACGGGUAUUAUGGAUAAUAUUCAGAAAUACAAUAGAGAACAAUUAUUCUUUCAUGAACUUCUAAAAGACAUCCAGGAAGAUAUUCAUUUUUUAAAUGACUCCCCAGGCAAAGUUUACAUGACUUUAACGGAACAUUUAAAAAAUGUGAAUAGUAGAGUACCUGAUCCAUUUAAACCAGAAGAACUUGUUCAGAUGGAAGAAUGUAUAAGAGAUGCAGUGAAAGACCUGACCGAUCUUGAUCUUAACACUUACCUUUGUACUGGAGUUGUCGUUCUAUCAGAAUAUUUAGAUUCCCCAGAAGAUAUGUUUGAUUAUAUUGGAAAAUCAAAGAGACGCAUAUAAUUUGUACUUCACAGCUUAUUAAAAAAUGAUUUUUAGUCAUUAUAUUUAUCAUUAUGAUAUAUAACUUAAACUAAUAAGUAGUUUAUAUUUUAAAGAUAAGUUUAUUGAUGAUAAAGCAGUAAAUAUGAAUGGUAUAGAAAAAAGUUGGAUGUAUAAAAUUAAGUUCUUUAAUUAAGUUAUUUUUAAUUCAAAUCACUAGUAAU